AUGCGCCCCUUCAGAGCCACCAGCACGCUCCUCCGCGGCGUCAAUGGCCUCGCCCAGGCUUCGCGAAGCCAAACCCAGGCUCCCCGCCUAAUCGCAUCCCAAAGCCUCCUCCUCCGCCGCACCUUCACCUCCAGCCCUCCCCUCGAGAAGAAGAAGAAAUCCCCUCCCUCCUACCCGACCGCCGACUCCCCCGCCGUCGUCUCCCGCACCUCCCACGCCGCGCCCGACCAUGACUCCGACCCAGACGACCCGGGCUCCAAGCACCCGAAGCCAGACCCCGCCGACCCCCUCGACUUCGGCGACGUCGCCUCCCGCUUCGCCUCCCUCGCCACGCACCACAUGGACAUCCUCAAGAAGAUGCAGACAGGCGACCGUUUCUCCCCGGACGCCAUUGGCGCCCUCGCCGUGCACCCCGACAAGAAGGACCCCGCGCAGUCCUACCCCCUCCGCGAGCUCGCCGAGAUCGUGCCCCGCCCCGGCGGCCGCACCGUUUCUCUCUUGCUGCACGAGAAGGACUACCUCAAGCCCGUCAUGUCCGCCGUGCAGGCGUCGCCCGACUUUAACCAGCAGCCGCAGCGCGACCCGGACAACGAGCUCGAGCUCAUCCUCAAGGUCGAGCCGCAGAACAAGGACGCCGUCGUGCGCAAGGCGAAGGACGCCGCGCAGGCGUGGCGCGAGAAGAUGCGCGCCGUCACGGAGAAGCGCAAGAAGCUGCACACCAAGUGGAACAAGGACAAGCUCAUCGUGCCGGACCUGAAGCGGCGCGCGGAUACGGAGUUGAAGAAGAUUCAGGACAAGGAGAUGAAGGGCGUCGAUGCGGUGGAGGAGCAGACUAUCAGAAAGCUCACGUAG